AGAUCACCCAUGGGUGGCUGUGUAGGCAGUCAUCAUGAUUCUUUGGGCAGUUUAAAUGAAAACUCUGAUGGAACAGGAGUCGCCUUAGGGAGAAACCAGCCACUGAGGAGAGAUAGGCCCAAAUGGAAGAGUGACUACCCUAUGACAGAUGGCCAGCUACGCAGCAAACGGGACGAAUUCUGGGACACGGCCCCUGCCUUCGAGGGUCGCAAAGAGAUCUGGGAUGCCCUCAGAGCGGCCGCCCACGCCUUCGAGAGCGAGGACCACGAACUGGCCCAAGCCAUUAUCGACGGGGCCAGCAUCACCCUUCCGCACGGAGCCCUGUCGGAGUGCUACGACGAGCUGGGCAACCGUUACCAGCUCCCUGUCUACUGCCUGUCCCAGCCCGUUAACAUGAUAGAGGAACGGGGCGGAGACCCCGAUGCCCAGGAGCUCCCAGAGCCACCAGCCGACCCAGGGCAGGAGUGCCAGCUGCGACUGCGUCUGUCCACCGGACGGGACUUGCGUCUGACCGUGCGCAGCACCGAUUCCGUCUGCCACAUGAAACGGCGCCUGCAGGACGAGGAAGGACUCGCCGUGGCCAGCCAACGCUGGUUCUUCUCCGGACGACCCCUGGGAGACCGGAUGACCCUUCAGGAGCUUAGGAUUCCCAGAGACUACGUGGUGCAGGUGAUUGUGAGCCAGCCCCCGACAACAGCACAGGAGCCCAGCCCUCCCGCGGAGAGUUAG